AUGUCAGACUACGGUCAAUGUACUUACCUCAGGAGUACAGACAUUAAUGGCAAUGUGUGCUGUGCCUUCGUUAUUGGGAAAGCAAGAGUGUGUCCCCUGAAACCAGUCACGAUAGCGCAACUAGAACUAACUAUUUCCAUACGCAUCAGUCAGUUUCUUCAAAGGGAACUUCACUGUGAGAAGUUAAGAGAGUUGUUUUGGUCUGAUAGCAAAGCAGUGUUGGGCUACAUAUCAAAUGACUCAGUUCGCUAUCAUGUGUUUGUGGGCAAUCGUGUUCAACAGAUCAGAGAACAUACAACACCAGAUCAGUUGAGACACGUCAAGGGUGUGGACAAUCCUGCAGACGAAGGUGUUGGUGCUCAGAACUUGGCCACAUCAACUUGGCUCAGUGGUCCAAGAUUCUUGUGUGAUCCCAAGUUCGACAUUGAUAAACAGUAA